CAGGAUAGUGAGUGAGAUAGAAAUUUUACUUAAUACUUAAUGUCGAGUCAAGUUUAGUGUGUUCGGUGUUGUAAAAACUAGUUUAUUUAUUAAUUGUGCUUCCGUCUUUAUUUAUAUUUAAAAAUUGUAACUAGAUAAUCUAAUAAGUGUUUUAUUUAAUAUUCUUAUUUUAUUAAUGUCCUUAAACGCACUCGUACAUAAAACAGAAGUUUCUAUUUUGUCAAACACAUUGUAAUUGAAAUCCUUCAAAGCAUUAUUAACUAAAAGUAUACUGAAGUAUAAACAAAACACAAUAAUAAUAAAGAAGAAAUAGUAUAAAUAAAAGGACCAAUAUUUUAAGAAUAAUCACCAUAAAUAUUUACUUAUUAUUUCAAAAAUGAGUUCUAAUAAUGCGAAAGCAUUAUUUGCGUGCUCACGGUGUUUCGGGAGGCAUCCCUUUGAAGAAUUAUCUCCUGGGCAACAGCUGUGCAAGGAAUGUCGUGGUUCGUAUCCUGUGGUUAAGUGUACCUAUUGCAGAUCAGAAUUCCAACAAACAGUAAAAGGUAACACUUGUACUAUUUGCAAAAAGUGCGAGCAAAAUGUCAAGGCUUAUGGCAAGCCAUCAGCUUGCGAGUACUGUAACACCAUCGCGGCGUUCAUUGGCAGCAAAUGCCAAAGAUGUACUAACUCGGAAAAACGCUACGGUCCACCUGUUACUUGCGAGCAAUGCAAACAAAAGUGUGCUUUUGAUAGACAAGAUGAAGAUAAGAAGGUUGAUGGUAAAUUACUAUGCUGGCUAUGUACGCUGUCGUAUAAAAGAGCGUUGGCGAAAACAAAACAGUCUGACGCUGACCGAAGAGCUCAUUUGAAACUUGCACAUGAUCGUGCUUCUAAGCACAAGGAACAAAAAUUAAAAGGACACAAUAAGCGACCGCAUCGUGUUGAUGUAACGAAGCUCCCACCUCAACCGGAGCCUGCAGAAGCAAACGGACCAACUCCAUUAAAAGUUGCGAGAAUGGUCGGAGUUCAUGAUCCUCAUGAUCCCAACAGCUCUGACCAUGUCGUCGCUGUAACGCAGCUCAAAGAAAAAAUAGCUCACUUACAAAAACAAUUAUCGCAAAAAGAUAAUCAAUUACUUACCAAGGAUAGACAAAUUACCGAUUUAAAAGCUAAAAAUUUUACCUCAGAAACUGAACUGCGCAACAAAAUGAAGCUGACUGAAAAAGAGUACGAAAAUAAGGUAGCGACGAUGCAGUCUAAGAUUUCUUCUCUUUUGAAGGAGGUUGCUACCUUGUCCAAGAGUACAAAACGUGCUGACCGGUUAGCUGCUACGAAAAAUGAAGCUAGUACCAAUAGUGGAAGUGGUACAGACAGUCCAAUACCUUGAUAAGACAUUCGAUUAGAUGAGACGAUGUUAAAUGUCCAACUUUUAAAUAUAAAUAGCUAAUUUUUUCCAAUUUAUAAAAUACGAAUAAAAACUGUAUUAUUUUUAUAAUUAUCAAUAAGAAAUUAUCCUCAAUAUUGCAUGAAUGUAAAUCAUUAUUUACAGUAUCGAGGAUUAGGAUUUAAAUAAUAAGUAUGAAAGCAAUUUAAAUGAUUGCUUCCCAUUUAAAUUUGUGUUGUAGAUGUUCGUUUAUAUUAACAGUUUUUCUCUAAAUUAUAUAUAAAAAAUAAAACGGUAAUUUGACAUAUAAAUUUAUAAGUGACGUGAAAA